AUGUUAGUUGCUAAUGCUGGCGGGGAUCUGUCAGUGCGAUACGUUGUUGUUGGCGACGAGGAUGGAGUAGACAUUCCUUCUACAGACAUUGGUUCUGAACUUAAACAGUCCUCAAAAUUCUGCAAUUUGCCCGGCAGCUUUGAAGCUGCCGUACCUCAUACUUCAAAGCCAGGAAGUAGUGCUGGUUUUAAAGUGCCAGAUGAAGUUUUUGCAGUUUCGCUUGCUACUGCAGAAAAUACUGUACUGGUUCGUGAUGGGCUAAAUUCGUAUGAGAGUUUUUUAAACACUCAGUCAAAGGACGCUGUGUUAGGGAAGGAUGAUACAGUGCUUCUUGAUAAUCUCAACACUUUUAUUCGAUGUACUGUUUGUGAUCGUCGGUUUACCGCAGAGGAUUAUUCGACACAUGUUAAAGGCUGUUUUCUCGAAAAAGAGUUCAAAUGUAAACUGUGUAACGAGGAAUUCAACAAAGAAGAGAAUCUGACUGUUCAUGGCAUGGUUGCACAUUCACGAAGUAGUUUAACUGAUAGUCAGCGGAGAAAAUGUUGUUUAUGUGGUAAGGAAUUUAGUAGGGCGUCCGCAUACUAUGGUCAUUUAAAUCAGCACUUUGUUAGUGAAACUCUUGUAUGCACUAUUUGCAAGGAAGAAUUCGAGUACAUGGCGCUUUUGAAACAUCAUGUUCGGGUUUCACACAUGUCUGCGGUUGAAGACUGUUACAGCUCAUCACAGAUCUGUAAGCGAUGUGGAUUUCUCUUCUUGGAUAAGGGAAAAAUGGAAGAACAUAAUUUGUUUCAUCGAAAAAUUAAUCUUUCCCACUUCCGAAAGAAUUGCAGCAGAAUUAUGAAGUGCUCAAAAAGAAGGAAAGUGAAGGACAACGCAGCUAAACAACACAAGUGUGAAGUUUGCGGAAAGGGGUUUGCGAAACUCUACGAACUAACUCGUCAUUCUGUUGUGCACACGAAAGAAAAACGGUUUCAAUGUGAUCAAUGCGGCAAAAAGUUUUCCCAGAAAUGUUCUUUGCAACAGCAUACGAAAUGUCACGUGUCCGGUGGAUCAUCGAAGUUCAAAUGUGAAUUGUGUGAAGCUACGUUUUCCCAAGCUGGUAAUCUUCGCAGACACGUCUCUUUACUUCAUCGCGUCAAUGCAUCAUCUCGCUCUGUCUUUGCCUGCCCGCAUUGCACCUGUGUUUUCAACUCGUUUCAACCAUUGCAAGUUCAUAUGAGUAAACGACAUCCUGAGGACCCAGAAGUUAUGCCUUCAGUUUGUUAUGACGCAUCAGAAACCGCAAGCGAUUUACAGGUUGCUGAUCAGUUCACCCUCGCGAAGUCCAGCAACCUAACUCGUCAUCGGCAGCCCCCUAACAUCAAACGAACUUCUCCUGGAAGUCAACCUGUUCAAAGAGUUAUCCUUGUACCUACUGCUGUUCAUUUUGGAGCGCAUGAGCAACAGGAAACGCAUCAAGUAGCAUGCGUGCGUGAGAACGUUCGGAGGGAUGCUUGCAAAAGCUUACUCGAUCUUUCAACUGUGGGCGGAAAUGAGCUAAAUGAUACUGCUGAUGCUUUGCAACUUUAUCAGUGUACAGCACCUGCCGGAUCUUCUUUAUGCCUACGUUCCUCAAAAGAACAUAAUGAGCUUCACAGUGGCUCAAAGUUACAUCCUGCUGGUUUCAAGUUUCACGAAAAUGUCCGCUCUGCUCCUCAAUAUUUUAAAUGUGACAUGUGCCCUCACACGUUCAAGGCAAGAGAAGAAUACAAAAGUCACUUUCAGAGAGACCACUGUCGAGGAUCUGACGCAGCAGUCGACGCUGGAAUGGUUUUACUUAAAUGCAUCUCUGCUGCUUUUCCUGUUUUACUUUUACAGUUUUUGAGUAGCGAGAUUAAGGGUAUGAGUAUAAUAAGAGCUAAUGAAUCUGAUGGUUACAUUGUCGUAUUUUUUGCAGUGUUCCUGUUUUCAGAUAAUGAGCUCACAGUGCAUCUUUCUAAUAUGAUUAUUGACGAUGACCACAAAUAUGCUGUUCUGAGUUGCGAACAUUGUUUAGCUUCUUUUAAUGGUUGUGGAGCACUUGCAGAACAUAUGAGAGCUAUUCACUGCAGUUCAAAGGAGGAUAUUCUCAAAGUGCUUUGUUGGGUCAAAAAUACUCUUUUUGUUAAGGUUCAUCAAUGUGAGACGUGUAAACGUUCUUUUACAAAACCAUGUGACUUAACUCGGCAUCUUCGAAUUCAUACCGGUGAGAAACCAUUUGGUUGUAAUAUAUGUGGUCGUCAUUUUCGUGUUAAGUCAACGUUGUAUCAGCACAGUAAAGUCCAUGAUGGAGAUCGCGACGACGCCAGACAUUCUUGUACACUAUGCAAUCGUUCUUAUGGUUCUAAUUCAGCUUUGAAAUUGCAUUUGAGAUUAAGUCACGCAGGAGAGCGCAAUUAUAAAUGUUCCGAAAUCACGUGUGACCAAAGAUUCGUCACACAACGGCAGUGCAAUGUCCAUUUUCGAAGAGUUCAUAUGGAGCACAAAGGAGGUAACCAAGGCGUAGCCCCUCUUACCACAAAUCUUCAGUUUGAAGAAACGGUGGCUCAGCUAACACCAUCGAAAAAUAUACGCUUUAUAGAGCAGUCUCGGACCUCAGCUUUUUCACGUUUACGUGCUCAGGAUAGUUCUGGUGACCUGACCCACAUUGCAUUAAGGAUUCGCCCUGGGAUUAACAAUGAAAGUGUUGAAAUUCAAUUAACAGCCUUAAGGGAAGGUACGCAUGAGAACUGUUCUGUGAUAAUACCCUUAUCAUCUUUGCAUCCUCUGGUCUCUCAAGGGUUUCCUCUAAAAGUACCAGUAAGAACUCAGUUUUUAUCUACUGAUUCAUUCCUUGCAAUCGAUGCAACACGCGUUUUCAAGUUACUCGAAAACAAAAGGACUGAGUCAAUGAUUGUUCCAUUAAAUACAGCAACUGAUAUAACAAACCUACCGGUGGCUCUUUUUGCGAGUUCUUCAUUUGCAACGAUGACCCAAACAGGCGACUUUAUACCAAAUUGUCUCAUAUGUAAAGAAACCUUUGAAACUAGCGAACAGAGUAGUGCACAUUUUCAAAGUGAAGACCAUGAGACAGCACAGGUUUCGUUACGCAGUGUGCCAACAGACUUCUGUAAACUAUGUUUAUUGACUUUCGAUGAUAACGAAAGUUGGCUUGCUCACACCAGAAACGAUCAUAAGAAUGGGGAACUGCGGCUUGCGGAUAACUCACAUAUUCAGAUUAGGCGUAGAACGUUAAAUUAA